CUGAGGCGGAAUGGAGUCGAGUGAAGGAGCUGGAGCAGAAAGUCAUCACUCUGCUGAAGAAUGAGCUGAACAAAUAUAAGAAAAUACUGAGUCCAGAUUACCCAGAAUGCCCUGAGGUGAAGGAUGAGGAGGAUCAAUGUAGUUUCAGAGAGGAGGUGCUGAAGAUCACGCUACAUGUCCUGAAGAAGAUGAACCAGACAGAUUUAGCCAACACACUGCAGACCAAGCUGAUCUCUGUUUAUCAGAAGAACCUCAAAACCAAACUGAGAGAGAAAUAUAAAAGAAUUAAUGAAGGAAUCUCACAGCAUGGAUCAUCAGUUCUCCUGGAUCAGAUCUACACUGAGCUCUACAUCACAGAGGGUUCGAGUGGAGGCGUCAAUAAUGAACAUGAGGUGAGACAGAUUGAAACGACAUCCAGGAGACCAACAACACAGGAGAAACCGAUCAAAUGUAAUGACCUCUUUAAAGACACGUCAAUCAGAACUGUGCUGACUAAAGGAGUUGCUGGAAUUGGAAAAACAGUCUCUGUGCAGAAGUUCAUUCUGGACUGGGCUGAAGGAAAAGCCAAUCAGAACGUUCUCUUCAUGGUCCCACUUCCCUUUAGAGAGCUGAAUCUGAUGAAGGAGAAACAUCUCAGUCUGAUGGAGCUUCUUCAUUAUUUUUUUCCAGAAUUGAAAAAAAUAAAAUCAAUAAACUGCAGCACCUACAAGAUCAUUUUCAUCUUUGAUGGUCUGGAUGAGUGUCGACUUCCUCUAAACUUCCAGAACAAUGAGACUGUGUGGGAUGUAACAGAAUCAGCCUCAGUGGAUGUGCUGCUGACAAACCUCAUCAAGGGGAACCUGCUUCCCUCUGCUCUCCUCUGGAUCACCUCUCGACCAGCUGCAGCCAAUCAGAUCCCUCCUGAGUGUGUAGCCCAGGUAACAGAGGUACGAGGGUUCAGUGAUCCUCAGAAAGAGGAGUACUUCAGGAAGAGGAUCAGUGAUGAGGACCUGGCCAGUAAAAUCAUCAAACACAUGAAGUCAUCAAGAAGCCUCUACAUCAUGUGUCACAUUCCAGGCUUCUGCUGGAUUUCAGCCUCUGUUCUAGAGAGAAUUCUGGGUGAAGCAGAGGGUGGAGAGAUCCCCAAAACUCUGACUCAAAUGUUCACCCACUUCCUGAUCUUUCAGAUCAAACACAAGGAGAAAAAGUAUCAUGAGAAAUGUGACCCCGACGCUCAUCAGACCAGAGAGACGAUACUGGCACUGGGAAAACUGGCUUUCCAACAGCUGGAGAAAGGAAACCUGAUCUUCUAUGAAGAAGACCUGAGAGAGUGUGGUAUUGAUGUCAGAGAAGUGUCAGUGUACUCAGGAGUGUGCACCCAAAUCUUCAGAGAGGAGUUUGGGUUACACCUAAAGGUCUUCAGCUUUGUUCAUCUGAGCGUCCAGGAGUUUCUGGCUGCUUUAUUUGCAUUCAUCUGCAAAAAUCCAACAGAACAACAAACCACUGAUCUGUCUGAUUUGUUCACCAAGUCCAGCAUGUCUGAUUUUCUCAAGAGUGCAGUGGACAAGGCCUUACAGAGUGAGAAUGGACACCUGGACCUUUUCCUUCGCUUCCUUCUGGGUCUUUCACUGGAGUCCAAUCAGACUCUCUUACGAGACCUACUGACACAGACAGGAAGUAGCUCUCACAGUAAACAGGAAACUGUAGAGUACAUCAAGGAGAAAAUCAGGGAGAAUCCCUCACCAGAGAAAUCCAUCAAUCUGUUCCACUGUCUGAAUGAACUGAAUGAUCAUUCUCUAGUGCAGGAGGUCCAGAUUUACCUAAACAGAAUAGAACCUUGUUAUGAAUAUUAUGAUCCUGGUUGUCUCAGUGGAACCAGACUCUCUCCUGCUCAGUGGUCAGCACUGGUGUUUGUGUUGCUGAACUAAGAAGAAAAUUUGGAGGAGUUUAAUUUGAGGAAAUAUAACAGAU